GGUUUCUAUGGUUUCCGACCGCGGAGGGAAGGUCGCCUCCCGGCAUCGCGCGGCAAACGUCGAGCGGCGGGCAUGCUUUACGGCCGGCGUCAACGUCGGUAACCAGUGCUUCUGGAGCGGCGGCCUGGGAAGGAGACAAGGGCACUUCUGUGGGUCGUCAUGCCUUUCUUUGAUGUGCAGAAAAGACUGGGCAUUAGUUUAGAUCGUCACAUGACGAUCCAAAGUGCUGAACAGCCAUACAAAAUUGCUUCUCGAUGCCAUGCUUUUGAAAAAGAAUGGCUAGAAUGUGCACAUGGAAUUGGGAAUACCCGGGCACAGAAAGAGUGCAAGAUAGAAUAUGAAGAUUUGAUGGAAUGUUUGCUUCUGCAGAAAAAGAUAAAACGCAUGAGCACCAUCAAGAAGCAGCGGGAUAAGCUAAUGAAGGAAGGGACGUACACCCCGCCACCUCACCACCUGGGCAAGGGGGAGCCUAGGCCCUGAGUGGGGCAGCUGCCAAUGGCUGGAAGAAUUGUUUACUGAAAACCUGUCAGAUGUAUAAAAAUAAAGGAAUAUUCCACCCUGUUUGUUCUAUUA